AUGAACUCUGAUCUUACCACAGACCAUCUUCCGUUCAUCAGAAUCCACGAAAACGGCAGUGUAGAACGACUUAGCGGAAACGACAUCGUUCCAGCUUCACUAAACCCACAAAACAACGUCGUUUCAAAAGACGUCAUAUACUCACCGGAUCAUAACCUCACCGUUCGUCUCUUUCUCCCUCAUAAAUCCCCAAAACUCGCCGCCGGUAAAAAGCUACCACUGCUCAUCUACUUCCACGGCGGAGCUUACAUCGUGGAGUCUCCUUUUUCCCCUGUUUACCACAACUACCUCACGGAGGUUGUCAAAACCUCCAACUGCCUCGCCGCGUCGGUUCAGUACCGCCGUGCGCCGGAGAAUCCGAUUCCGGCGGCGUACGAUGAUUCGUGGUCAGCGAUUCAGUGGAUAUUUUCUCACUCCAAUGGAUCCGGUGAAGAGGAUUGGAUCAACGAAUUCGCCGAUUUCGACAGAGUUUUCGUCGCCGGAGAUAGCGCAGGAGCUAAUAUAUCGCAUCACAUGGCGAUCAGAGCCGGGAAGGAGAAGAUUAAACCUAGAAUCAAAGGAGUUGUUAUGGUGCAUCGUUUUUGGGGGAGAGAUCCGAUCGACGAGAAAGAUGUGCAAGACGAAGGAAUCAGGAGAGGAAUUAAGGAGAUCUGGGAAAAAAUCGUGAGUCCGAAUAGUGUUGAUGGAGUGGAUGAUCCGUGGUUAAAUGUUGUUGGAUCCGGGUCGGAUAUAUCCGGGUUGGGGUGUGAGAGGGUUUUGGUUGCGGUGGCUGGGAAAGAUGUGUUUGGGCGGCAAGGAUUGGCUUACGCGGCGAAGCUGGAGAAGAGUGGAUGGGAAGGAGAUUUGGAAGUGGUUGAAGAAGAAGGAGAAGGACAUUGCUUUCAUCUACGUAACCUUAAUUGUGAAAAUGCUUUGAAAUUGAUGAAGACAUUUCGGGAGUUUAUCAUAUACCGUUGAAAGAGAGUAUUUAAAUUUUUCUUUUUCUUGUUGCUCAAGUAUGGAAU